AUGCCGCCACGUAUCAAGGAGUCCGAAAAUGGUGUUCCCACCUACUGGGGCAAGUCCGGCAGGGCCCUCCAGGUUCUCAUCACCAUCGUUGCUGUUACCGACUUCCUACUCUUCGGUUAUGACCAGGGUGUCAUGAGUGGAAUCAUCUCCGCUCCCGCUUUCCAAGCCGCGUUCCCUGAAGUCAUAGAUGACUCUACCUACGAGGGUUUCGUCGUCUCCAUCUAUGCCGUCGGUUGUCUGCUUGGUGCCAUCUUCGUCUUCGUCUUUGGUGACAAGCUUGGACGCCGCAAGAGUAUCUUCCUGGGUGCCGGAGUUAUGAUCAUCGGUGUCAUCAUUCAGAUUGCCUGCGUUCCUCCCAACAGCGGUGCUACCGCCCAGUUUAUUGUCGGACGAUGCAUUACUGGUGUCGGAAACGGUAUCAACACUUCUACCAUUCCUACCUACCAGGCUGAGUGCUGCAAGGCCAAGAACCGCGGUAAAGUUAUUUGCAUCGAGGGUUCCAUGGUUGCCAUUGGUACGCUCAUCGCCUACUGGAUCGACUACGGCUGUCUCUACGGUCCCGAUGACUUCACCUGGAGAUUCCCCAUUGCUUUCCAGUGUGUUUUCGCCAUGAUCGUCAUCGUUAUGAUGAUUUCGCUACCCGAAUCUCCUCGAUGGCUUCUCAACCACCAUCACGAAGACGAAGCCGCUACUGUACUGGCUGGUCUCAACGGUGUUGCCCGCGACGACCAAGAGGUCAUUGUCCAGAUGCAAGUCAUUCGUGAUGCAGUCAGCGCAUCUGGUGGUGGUGGCAAGGUCCCUACUAAGGCUCUCCUUACCGGUGGCAAGUCCCAGCACUUCCGUCGUGCUAUCCUCGGUGCUUCUUCGCAAUUCAUGCAACAAUUGUCCGGUUGCAACGCUGUCAUCUACUACUUCCCCAUUCUGUGCCAGAGCGCCUUGAACACCGACCACAACCUCGCCCUUCUUCUCGGAGGUGUCAACAUGGUUGUUUACGCCAUGUUCGCCGCUACCUCUUUCUACUUCGUUGAGCGUGUCGGCCGCAGAAAGUUGUACCUCAUCGGUACCGUCGGUCAGAUGACUGCCAUGAUCAUCACCUUUGCCUGCCUGCUCCCCGGUGGCGUGGAAAACGAGGACAACGAGGGACCUGCCAAGGGUGCCGCCGUCGGUCUGUUCUUGUACAUCGCCUUCUUCGGGCUCUGGAACUUUUUCAUCGUCAUGAUCACCCCCGUUUUGAUCACCAACAUCGGUUGGGGAACCUACCUGCUCUUCGCCGCUCUGAACGCCUCCUUCAUCCCCGUCAUCUACUUCCUCUACCCUGAGACUGCUGGUCGUUCCCUCGAGGAAAUUGACCUUAUCUUCGCCAAGGGUUACACCGAGAAGAUGAGCUACGUGCAAGCCGCCAAGCAGCUCCCCAAGAUGGACGAGGCUCAGAUCGCCGAAGCCGUUCGCCAGUACGACCUCUCCGACAGCGACGUCGAGAACCGCUCGGCUGCUGGAUCGCUCAAGGAGAAGCGUCAGCAAGACGAGGAGCUGAUGCCUCAGGCCGGAGGUCAGAUGUAA